CCCCUGAAUGAGUUAAGGUUAAGAUUAAAUAAGAAUAUUGGAUAUUUCGUUAUAGCGUAAAUAAGUCUGAUGUGCCAAUUGAAGUUUUACUUCAAACUUCUCCGAUCGGACAUUGGAUUAUGUAUGUCAUGACGAUGCUGGUAAAAUAACCCUUGCGAUUUGAUCAGUGACUCACUACAGUCCUCGAAAUAAACUUAUAGAUAUUUAUAUUCAGACGAGAGAGUAUCUUGGUGUAACCGGUUCCUGGAGGAUCGCAUCGUGAGUGUUGCUAUUGUUGGUUAUUAUUUGGCUGAACCAUGUCGCCUUUUAACAUCGAGACAUGUGCAAGGCCUAACAUAUUGGCCCUGGAGCCAUACCGUUGCGCGCGAGACGACUACAAGGACGAUGGCACAAAUAUUCUCCUUGACGCCAACGAAAAUGCGUGUGGACCGUCGCUAACUCCAGCCGCCGUGUCAGCGGCGUCAAACAACUCCGGCGUGGAGAUUGACUUUCUGGGCUUGCACAGGUAUCCGGAUCCCCACCAGCGGGAUCUGAAGCAGUUGCUAUGCAACCUGCGUAAUACCCACCACCACACCGAUAAGGCCAUCACCCCGGACAACCUAUUCGUCGGCGUGGGAAGCGACGAGAUCAUUGAUGCACUGCUAAGAUGCUUCUGUGUCCCAGGUCGGGACCGUAUCGUGGUAAAUCCCCCGACGUACGGCAUGUACUCUGUGUCCGCACAGGUAAAUGAUGUCGGACUGGUCAAAGUCCCUCUGCUACCAGCGCCGACCUUCGGACUCGACGUCGCUAAGGUGCUCGAGGCGCUAUCUACGGAGGAAAACAUUAAGAUGGUCUAUAUAUGUUCUCCUGGGAACCCCACCGGCUCUAUAAUAGCCAAGGAGGACAUAAGGCAGAUCUUGGAGCACCCGACGUGGAACGGUGUGGUGGUCUUAGAUGAGGCUUACAUUGACUUCGCGCCGGAGGGCUCGUCGCUAGCGGAGUGGGCCGCCGAGUGGCCUAACCUGGUCGUCAUGCAGACGCUUUCCAAAGCCUUUGGUAUGGCGGGUAUCCGGCUUGGCGCAGCCUUCACGUCGCCGCCUAUCGCACGUCUUCUCAACAACCUCAAGGCGCCCUACAAUAUUUCCAGCCCGACCAGCGCACUCGCAUCUUAUGUUGUCGGCGGAGACGGGCUGGCGGUCAUGCGCGCGAACAGGGAGAAGCUGGUGCAACAACGAGAUAGGAUGGUCGCGGAGCUACCCAAGAUCAAAGGAGUAGGACGCUUGCGCGGCGGAGUCGCGAGUAACUUUUUGCUGUACGAGAUGCUGAAUGCGCGCGGUGAACCGGAUAAUACAGUCGCGCUGGCCGUGUACGAGACCCUAGCCGAGAAUAAGGGCGUGGUAGUUAGGUUUAGGGGUAAGGAGCAUGGAUGCCUUGGGUGCUUGCGAAUCACGGUUGGGACGGAAGAAGAAGUCACGAGAUUUCUAAAGGCUAUAGAACAGGCACUUGUUGAGGUCAAUGGGGGCAAGACGGCAGUGCCGGCAGAUGAAGCGAAGAGGGAAGCCGAGGCGAAUGGCGUUGUCGCGUAAAUCAAACUGGGGACUAGGUAAACAAAAUAUCUGGAUAGAAAGGAGGCUUUAUAGACUUAUGAGAAAAACAUUACACGCGAGAGUUACAUGUAUUGAAUCUAUAAAAGAAGGGUCAAAAUGUUCUAUUAGAAACGGAAAUAUGAUUGCUCAAACAUAAUCGAGGGGAUAGUAAGCGG